CCGGCGUCGUUUUUGCCUGGCGCUGCUUACGAGCUCUCUCAUCUUCCCUCGAGAACGCUGCUGGCUCAAAAGCUACAAUUGAUUCUACGGUGUCAUGACUGUUGGAUAUUUCACUUUCCUUUGGUGAGAUAUGGCAUCGUGCUUCUCUUCCGUGACAUCAUUCUGAAUCUGUCCUGUCCGAUUCCGCAUUCCCUUCCAACUCCGAGAUGCGCGGAGCCAGGCUGCUUGCCUCCUGGGCUCCAGGAGUCACUGCAAGGCAGUUCCCCCAGUCAAUGGGCGGUGUUCUCAGUGACUUGUAUCCUGGGACUCAUGCAUCUGCACUUCGACAUGGUGGUCAAAAUGGCUUCAGCAGGCCGUAUUCAGGCCUUGCCGGGUUAAUUCGAAACAACAAUAACUAUAAUCUCAGCCAAUCUCUUGGACUUACGGCUGCCUUGUGCAGAAAUGGCUCACGACUCGCUUCAUCGUCAACCCCUGUCACGCAUCAAAUUCGGUCUCUAAGUUCUACGCAACGUCUUUCGGAAUCAAAGCCGACCGCGCCGUCGAAAACACCGCAGGUUAACAAUACAACUGCCCAGGACAAAGAGGAUGAGGAAAUCGACAAAGGCUUCGAACUAUCAGAAAGAGCGGCUCAGGCAGCACAGGUCAAUUUCCGCGCGAAGUUAGCCAAAGAUGGUGCUGGAGGAAAGAAGUCCGGGUUUCGGGAAAUAUGGAGGCUGCUGAUGAUUGCACGACCUGAGUCAAAGAAACUCGCAUUCGCUUUCUUCUUCCUGUUGAUCUCCUCGUCUAUCACUAUGUCAAUUCCCUUUUCGAUCGGACGGAUCAUGGAUACGGCAACCAAGUCCUCGGAAGAGGGUGGUAAUGAGCUGUUCGGUUUGAGUCUCCCAAUGUUCUACGGUGCUUUGGCUGGAAUCCUCGCCUUGGGUGCCGGAGCAAACUACGGUCGCAUUAUCAUCCUGCGUAUUGUUGGUGAACGUAUCGUUGCCAGACUUCGCUCGAAGCUUUUUCGCCAAACCUUUGUUCAAGACGCAGAAUUCUUCGAUGCGAACCGAGUUGGCGACCUGAUCUCUCGUCUCGGAUCCGAUACCAUCAUCGUUGGUAAAAGUAUCACACAGAAUUUGUCAGAUGGUUUGCGGGCCGCUGUCAGCGGUGCGGCUGGUUUCGGCUUGAUGGCGUAUGUCAGUCUCAAAUUGUCUAGUAUUCUGGCAAUCUUGCUUCCUCCGAUUGGACUUGGAGCUUUCUUCUACGGGCGGGCAAUCAGAAACCUGAGCCGACAAAUCCAGAGAAACUUGGGAUCUUUGACCAAAAUUGCGGAAGAACGUCUAGGAAAUGUGAAGACUAGCCAGUCUUUUGCUGGAGAAAUCCUCGAGGUUAAUCGGUACAACAAGCAAGUACGAAAGAUAUUUGACUUGGGCAAAAAGGAAUCUUUAAUCAGCGCUACAUUUUUCAGUUCUACUGGACUUAUGGGAAACAUGACUAUAUUAGCACUUCUCUACGCGGGAGGAGGUAUGGUUCAGUCCGGCGCAAUUAGCAUUGGAGACCUUACAUCAUUCUUGAUGUAUACGGCUUAUGCAGGCUCCAGUAUGUUUGGUCUUUCUAGCUUCUACUCUGAACUUAUGAAAGGUGUCGGUGCGGCUAGUCGGCUUUUCGAGUUGCAAGACCGUGAGCCGACCAUAUCCCCUACCAAGGGUGAGAAGGUUGUUUCUGCUCGUGGCCCUAUCAGUUUCGAGAAUGUGACAUUCAGCUACCCAACACGGCCAGCUGUCACAAUCUUUAAGGACCUAAACUUUGAGAUUCCCCAGGGAACUAACGUUGCCAUUGUUGGACCCUCUGGAGGAGGUAAAUCGACCAUCGCUUCUAUCUUGCUCCGAUUCUACAAUCCUACAGAAGGAAAGAUUUUGAUCGGUGGGAAGGAUAUUAGCGGGAUGAAUGCGAAGUCUCUCCGCAGGAAGAUUGGUGUUGUAUCCCAAGAGCCCGUUCUUUUCUCAGGAUCGAUCGCCGAAAACAUCUCUUACGGACGAUCGGAUGCCACAAGAUCAGAAAUCAUUGCGGCAGCACGCAAGGCAAACUGCCAGUUCAUUAGUGAUUUCCCCGAUGGUCUUGACACUCAGGUGGGAGCUCGUGGAGCUCAAUUGUCUGGCGGACAAAAGCAGCGUAUUGCUAUUGCCCGUGCUUUGAUCAAGGAUCCGGAUAUUCUGAUUCUCGACGAAGCGACUUCUGCGCUCGACGCGGAGUCUGAAACUCUGGUGAACGCCGCACUCGCCGCACUCCUUCGCGGUAACAACACGACUAUUAGCAUUGCCCAUCGACUAUCUACUAUUAAGCGAUCUGAUACUAUCAUUGUCCUUGGUCCCGAUGGAAAGGUUGCCGAACACGGAACCUAUGAAGAGCUCAGUGCUCGCCCUGAAGGUGCUUUUACAAAAUUAAUGGAAUGGCAAAUGAGCGGCAACGAGGUCUCGCAGCCAGCCAAUGCCCCUAUAAGCCCGAUAACUCAGGAGAAACUGUUGAAUUUGGAGAAGGAGGAGACUGAGCUCGAGGAAGACGACACAAUCACCCAACCUACUGAGCAGCAAACGAGGAAAUAAGCGGUCAGAGUAGAGUGAAUAUGUCGAUAUGCACUCACUGCUUAUCAAAGGUACUCUUUGUUGUCUCGUUGUCUUACUUGGAUAUCCCCCCUCUCUUUGUGUUUAAUAUAUUUUGCGUUUUGUUCUGCUGUUUUAUUUAGAAGGCAGGGUCAACCUACUAUACUUUUUGUAUCUAUUGAUUGGAUUUUUCACCUUGAGCGCAAGCAAGGGUGUUGCUUUGAAUUUGCUCUCUAACUGCCAGUUCAGAUAGACAUCUCUACUUGAAUACAUUACCAUGAAUUUCACUGAGGUUCCAUCCUACAUCAAGCGAGGCUAC